AAGCUGAGAUUUGUGAUUACAUCGUUAGAUUGAGUGCCGCUCAAAAUCCUCAUUUAGAUAUUAAUAGAUUUUUAAGUUGGAUUACAGAAGAUUUUGAUGCUUUGUUGGUCGUUUGGAAGUAUUUUACCCCGGGAUAUUUUGAAAGAGAUUAUAAGGACAUUGAAACCCCACUGCAAUUUGAUUCCGCACUUGUAAAACUGCUUUAUUGGCAAGCUGGAUUAAUCUGCUUGAUCAAAGGUGUUAUCUUUAUGAUGAAAUUUCACGACAAAUGUGAUGAUGAAGGUAGAGCUAUGGUGAUGAUGAAAAUUCACGGUAUUGGUGAAAUUAUGAGUGGAUAUAGCCCGAUCAUGUGGAUUGCUGGAGAUGGUUAUCGGAAUACUGAAG